AUGAGCUUAGAAUCAAAAUCAGACUCAAAUGACUAUUUAGAUGACUUUGAAAGUGACUCAGAAAGAUCUUCUACUGAUAAUAAAAUUCCAUAAAUAAAAUGGCAUUCUUUCUCUCUCUCAUUAAAUUUUAUUUAUGGGGCUUGGUUUUACCUCGAGAACUUCUGAUGAUAAACAGCAGUUUAGCCAAAGGAACUGCUCCUAAGCGCAUCAAGAAGCUUGGGUUUUUACUAUUAGCACAUGAGAGGAGGGUAACCCUUAGGCAGAGCACCGCUGGAGCUAAGUUAGCAAGAGCAAUGACAACGCACCGAGUGAGAAGUUUAGCCAUAACUGGCAGAGGCAUCUCAAGGAAUGUCUGCAUAUUAUGUUCUAUUUUAAGUGGCAAAUGGCCCGUAAAGUCACUUGUUGGGCCUAAUCCUUUUAAUAGGAAGUGUCACCAGACAUCUUAAACACCGAAUAAAUAAUUAAGAUAAUAAAAAUUCCAACAAAUUUAUUUGAUGCACUAGAGCUUGCUUUAGGAAGCGAAGAGCUCAUGAAUUACUGUGAUUCAAAAAGUAUCGAAAAGAAACCAAAAAUCUAUCAACUAUUGACAAAAAUUAGUUGCACAAAAUUUGAGAUGGUUGAGAAGAUCAAAAACCAUAAUUAAAAAAUGACCUCUCGAAUUUUCUAACCUCUUGGCCGAAAAUUAUUCGUUCGAAUUUUUUUAAUUAUGAGGGCAGGAAAUUGAGAGCCUAUAUUUUCUAACGAAGGACUCCUGGAAGGAUGCUAUAACCCAGGUGGAUAUUGAGAGUAUCAAUCGGACUCAAGCCGAUUAGGUCGAGCUGAAAGGGCAGCCGUCUAAGGAUCCGAACUUCGGAGGUCGUGGACAUUGAUGAAGGUGUUUUCUCAGAAAAACGAGGUUGGGUCAGAAACUUGACGGGUCCUAAACUCAAACCUCUGGUAACACAGUCCUUUACUGACGACGUGAAAUAGAGAAGAUAAACUUUGAAAUAAUUAACAAUAAAGAAAGAUCAAAAAUCAAAUUUUGGAAAGAAAGUCCGCACUUUUAGAAAGAGAAAAGUGAAAAAUUCCUAAAUCAAUAAAAAAUAAGUUCAAAAACUUUCUUAUCAUGCUUACCGCCAAAGGCAGACUAGAAACUCAAGCCUCGAACAAAUACACAAAGCAGAUUCUUCUUAAAACAAUUAGUGAAUCAAGAAAAUGAAUAUUUUCAGCAAUAUCAGAUAUUGAAAAAGGAGGAAAAAUUGCAUUGUCGAAUAUUGAAAUGAAAAGGGUAAACCUCAGAAAAAAGAGUAGCACACUUUUAGAAAAGUACUUAUGAGCUCGUCAAAUUUUCAUGAUGAAAUGCUUAAGAAAUAAAUCUUAUAUCAUAAAAGAGCUUGAAGGAAAACAAAAAAUUGAAUAUAAAAAAUUUUUUGAAGCAAAUUCUAAAUCGACUUAUCUUACUGGAGAAGUUCUGAGUAUUGAAUAUGAAAAUCUAAAUCAAAAAUAUCAGGGUUAUGAUUGUUGCCAAGUUUUGGACUCGUUUUCUGCAAUAACUAGCAUUUUUGCAAAUAAUCAAAUGCUAAAACAACCAAAAAGUAAUCAAGAAAGUGAUGAAAUUUUAUUUCCCAAUAGCACUUAUUUGUCAAGAGCAUGUAAUUGAUAGAUAGUUUUAGAAAAGUAUCGAAAAUCAACAAAAAUGCCAUUGACUCUGCAUAUUUAUGCGGACACACGAGAAGAGUUUGCGAACUAUGAUUUUUCUAAGCCAAUUAUCAUAGAAACAUACGAAUGUUUAUCAACAAUUCUUCAUUGCUACGUUAAAAGAAAGGCAUACACUCUAGAGCUAGCUCAGAUUAAGCAUUUAUCAAAUUCUCUUGAUGGUAGCUCUUGCUCAAAAACAUUAUUUGUUCUAGAUACCUCAAGUAUUUAUGAAAGCCUUUAUUUUUCUAAAAUAGAAAUUAGAAAACUCACAGGUGAUUACUACUUAAUCUUUUCUCUUUAAUAGAAGCAAAAGAAUUGCAAAUCCUUAAGAAUGUAAAAAAGUUUAAUACAAUAAAAAUUUUUUUCUCAACUGAUAUUGCCUCCAUUAAUUCUAUAAUUUUUAAGUUCGCAUUUUAAACGUAAUUUUUAUCAACUAAUCAGACAUUUCUUUUCCAAAUAUUGACUUUUAAAACCCGAAAAAAAAGUAUAGGUAAUUUCAUUGCAUAUGUUUUUUAAAAAGCAAAAAUAAGACCCUUAAAAGAUCCAAAAAAAUUCUCAAUCUAAACAGAGGGUUAGAGAUUGAAUUAGAGGAAUUAAAAUAUAUUUAUCUUAAUAUCCCAUAAUAAGCUAAUUCCUAAAUAUUUAUGGGGGGUUUUGUGCAAAAUUUUCAUAUAAUAAAUAAAAUUUAUAUUAAUAUGCUUAUAAUUAAAUAUAUGGCGUCUCUGCUGGCAUGGCCUUCUCUGCAUGAAGUCUCGAGCACAUAUUUAAUUAUAUUUGUAAGGUUUUACCAACUCAGAAAUGGGCAGCAAUGCUAGAUAAGUAGAUUCCAGGAGUGUUUGGAGCCUAGCCCAAGUCCGUUUUCAGAGUUGGAUUUGACUUCUAACUCCCCCUCCGUGAGAGAACAAAAACCUAUUGGAAAAAUCCCUAUUUUUUGCCCAAAAACCCACCCUCCGUGAGAGAACAAAAUAUAUUUAAUAGAAAUUUUUUUUCUGAAAAAAAAUUUUUUAUUUAUAAAUGACAAUUAACAUAAUGAAAUCUCAGAAAUUCUACUUAAUUUUAAAUAUCUUGCAUUUUACAACAUGAAUUUUGCAAAUUAAAUAAUAUUUUGGAUUUUUUAAAUUUCGAAAAAAAAUUUCACGUAAAAAAUAUUAUAUAAAAAAAACAAAAUUAACUCCCCCCUUGAGCGAACAAAAUUUUUUUGUUCGCUCACGGAGGUGGGGAGUAAGUUAAGGGAAAGCUUGCUGGAAAUUGGAAGCACAGCAAGGCUUAGACCAAUCGGGCAAGUCUCUACCGUGAAACCAGGAGUUAGAAACUUUUCCUUUUCCUAGAGCCAGCCAGAAAUUCCAUUUUUGAGCAGAAAACCUUCUUGCAACUCAAGAGUCCACUCACUCAGUACUGAGGCUAUAAGUCAAGGAGGAAGCGCAGAAGGAAGAGUGAACACUUUGGAUAUCCUAUGGUGUGAGGGCAGAAGGAGGAGCAAGGUGGUGCAGAUUCUUUUUUCGCUAGGGAAUUAAUCUUGUCCAGCUUGGCCGACAGUAUCUUAAAUUAGAUAAAUCCUCGAGAGGGUCCUUUGUGACUGUGCUACCAAUAAUCUGCAAUUAAGAUUAAGAAGAUUAAAAUCGAAAUUUGCUUAUUCUUGGGGAUAAAUAUCUAAAAUCUUUUUUUUUUAUCUGAAAAUCACCAAUAGUAAGCAAUUUAUCGAUUUACUAUUUAAAAUUUGCAAAAACUCCUUCGAAUAAGCAAGAAUUUGCUUAUUAUUGGGGGAGUUAAUAAAAAAAAAUAAACUUGAAGAAAUCCAGCGAGAAGUAGGUGCUUUAAAUGAUGAUAAAAUUGGACUAAUUAGAGAAAAAAAUUCAAAAUUAGUAAGAAGCAUUUUAAUACAGCUUAAAAAUUCUGUUGCGCCUACGAAGCCUAGAGCCAAAAGCAUACCAAAUCUAUGCAAUUGAGAAGGAUGCUCCUCAAAAAUUAAUGUUCGCCCAGAUUUUGAGGUAGAAAGAUCUUUAAUAUUGGCUGAUGGUCAAGAAAUGUGAGCUACAAAAAGAAGAGCAUCUAGCCCAGCAGGAAAAAGAAAGCCUUGAAAGCAGGAUAAAAAAAGCCUUCCAAAACUUGAGGAAAUUUCAAAGCUAUGCCAAUUUCAUUCUAAUCUUAGAAAUGCAAUUAAUUUGCCACAAGAAAAUUCUAUUUUUAAUGAUUAUUCAAAAGAACUAUCAAAAGCUUGCGAAUCAGGAUUGAAUUGGCAAGAUGAGCUGAAUAAAAUGAAUAAAAUUAAGCAGCUUACAAAUGAUUCUGCAAAGCAAGUGAUUUCAGAGUAUUUUUCAGAGGUUACCCUAAGUUUAUCUAAAAGAGUAGAAGGAGCAUCCUCAUUUAAAGCAGAAAAUAGGUCGGAAUACAAAGAGAGAAUGCUGAAAGAAAUUGAAGAAUUAAAAGUAAUUUCUAAUCAGAAUCUAAGAAAUAUUGAACAUUCAGCGACAGAAGAGUUGAAGCGAAUAAAAUGCUCAGAAAAUAAAGCAUCAAUAGCAUUUAAUGUAGAAUUUAUAUAGAAUUUGUCAACAACACUGAUGGAUGCUUUCAGCUCAACACCAGCUGUUAAGCUUGCUAAGCUUAUGACCUUAAAUGAUCAGCUACUAUCUAGCAAGGAAUUAAGGCGCACUGUGUCUGGAGCAGACAAAGAAGUUCCUUAUUCACAUAGAAAAUUCAUAAGACCUCCAACUGCUCCUAUUAAUAACUCAAAAGAUGCAACCCCGAGAAUAAAAAGAAAACUCCAAAUCCAGGAUAUACAGGCAAUUUUAUCUUCACCAUAUUUAACAUCUCAAACCAAGUUUAUGAAAAAAUCAAAGAAAAAGCCUAGAAAAACAGUUUUAAGCUCCAUUUCGAGAACGAGAACUAGUCCCAAUACAUCUACGCGCUCAAAUUCUAUAUCAAAAAUUUAUAAUAAAGUCAUUUUAUAG